CAGCUGUGGAGUUUGGUAUGGGCUGGUUACUAGGUGGGGUUUAUCAUGGGUAUAAAUAUGCUCUCUGUGUCGUUUCAACGCCCCUGGAAACUCAGUCAGACAAACUUCUUCUCUCUGAGGCCACGCGAAAGACUCCAGCAGUCCCAUCAUGUCUUUCAUCCAAGCCUUCUUACAGCAGACGGUCUAUCUGGGCAUGCCCGAUGACUCAGUCCUAAAGAACGAGGGAACAGUGACUGCAGCACCCAAUUUCAGCCCCAGUGGAGAUGCAGGAGUCUUGGAUAAGGCCAUCAAGGCAAAAGGUGUGGAUGAGAGCACCAUUAUUGAAAUUCUGGUGAAAAGGAGCAAUGAGCAGAGACAGCAGAUCAAAGGAGCUUACCAGCAGGCCAGUGGCAAGCCUCUGGAAUCUGCGUUGAAGAACGCUCUGAAGGGAGAUCUGGAAGAUGUGGUGCUGGCUCUGCUCAGAACUCCAGCCCAGUACGAUGCCCAGCAGCUGAAACUGGCUAUGAAGGGUCUGGGCACAGAUGAGGAAACCCUGAUAGAGAUUUUGGCGUCACGGACCAACAGAGAGAUCCUGGAUAUCAAAAAAGCCUACAAGGAGGAAUACAAGAAGGAGCUGGAGGACGACAUCAGGUCUGACACCAGUGGAGACUUCAGGGCUGCCCUCCUUGCACUCUGCAAGGCCGGCAGGACUGAAGGAGUCUCUGAGCAGCUGGUUGACAGCGAUGCCAGGGCUCUGUACGAGGCAGGCGAGGGGAGGAAGGGCAAAGACUGCUCUGCCUUCAUUGAAAUCCUCACCACCAGGAGUGCCCCUCAUCUCCGCAAAGUAUUUGACAGGUACUCAAAGUACAGCAAAGUGGAUGUGGCCAAAGCUAUCGACCUGGAGAUGAAAGGAGAUAUUGAAAGUUGUCUCACUGCAGUAGUGAAGUGUGCUGGAUGUAGGCCUGCGUUCUUUGCUGAGAAGCUCUACUUGGCCAUGAAGGGUAAAGGUACCCGCAAAAAUAUCCUGACCCGCAUCAUGGUGAGCCGCUCUGAAAUUGACAUGAAACGAAUCAAGGAUGAGUACAAGAAAAACUAUGGCAAAACGCUCUACCAGGAUAUUCUGGAUGACACUAAAGGAGACUACGAGAAGAUACUGCUUGCUCUCUGUGGGGGUGAAAACUAAUAUCCGGUCAAUGGCAUCAAAGCUCAUACGACCAAAGAUCCAGCAGCAUGUACAGCUGUGGAAAAUGACCAAUAAUCUCUUGACACAUAUUGUGCCUUGUCUUUUCUCUCAUUUUAACAGCAGUCAGCAAAGUUUAGCAUGGAAUCAGCACCGCUUCAGCAGAUAUUUUCUCCCCAAGUUACUUUGUUUCUAGCAACACAGUUUUCCAAUGUGAUCUGUUACAGAUUUAGCCUUACGAAUAUUGAAUUCUCGUAUCUGCUUAAAAGGAAGCUAAAGUACUCACCUUGCAACUGCAAACAGAUGUACUCUAAUAAAGUCUGUGAUGUAUACAGCAGAGGCCACCUUGAAUAGGGUUGGAUAUUCUGCAAAUAAAACCUUUUUUUGUAUGAAG